AUGUUCAUUUUUUUUUUCUUUUGCAGAAAAGUGAUGUAUUAUGUGUCAGUUAAAAAUAACCAUGGGUUAUUCUUGAACCAUUUGCGAGACACAGAUUUUAAUGGUAGUCAGUUGGCCAAUGGUGCUGUGCAUGGAUUUAAUCGCCGACGAGAGUCCUUAUCUAAAAUGCAGUCAGUGCUCGUGGAAGCUCCAAUUAACAAAGUAAUUAAUAUCCUGACCAGUGUUCAGGAAAGUUGUUCAAACCCAGUAGCCCAGGCUCUGGAUAGGGCACUGGAGAUUUUGCGGACAAGUGAACUCUACUCACCGUAUUUAUCACAUCCGAUGAAAGAAGAUCAAAUGACUUCAGACCUUGUGGGAGGAUUGUUGUCUCAAGGUUUAAGGAGACGAUUAUCAAAUUAUGAUGUCAACCGUUCCUCACAUCAUUCACAUUUUCACAUUCCAUCAAGUCCAACCACCAUGUUGAAUCAGGUGCCAGAGCACAUUCAAGUAAUACUUGAAACGGAACCAUUAUGGAAAUUCAGUAUCAUUGAUCUGGAAACAGCUACAAACAAACGGCCGCUUGUGUAUUUAGGGUUGAAAAUCUUAUCACGAUUUGGUGCCUGUGAAUUUCUGCGUAUCAGUGAGAGUUGCCUCAUGAACUGGCUGCAGAUGAUUGAGGGCAAGUACCAUGCCUCAAACUCUUACCACAAUUCCACACAUGCUGCUGAUGUCCUUCAUGCUACGUCUUUCUUUCUUGAACAACAGCGAUACAAAGCUGUUUUUGACCAAAUGGAUGAACUGUCCUGUCUCAUCUCAGCCAUCAUCCAUGAUGUCGAUCACCCUGGUCGUAACAACGCCUUUCUUAUUAAUGCAAGAAAUGAUUUGGCUAUGCUCUACAAUGACCUUGCUGUUUUGGAAAACCACCAUGUCUCCCUUGCAUUUUCUGCUACCUGCAAAGAUGAUCCUGUCAACAUCUUCAAAAAUUUAUCUGCUGAUGACUACCGUACAAUGCGACAUUCAAUCAUUGACAUGGUGUUGGCAACAGAAAUGACAAAACAUUUUGAACAUGUUUCAAAGUUCAACAAUUGUAUCAACAAAGUUUUACCCAAAGCUUCUGAUGGCUCACCAAUGGGGGACCGAGGCAGUGAAGAAAGCCUGAAUGAUAUUGUUACCCACCUGUCCACCGAUGACAGCCGUCUUCUCAUCAAGCGGAUGCUCAUUAAAUGUGCAGAUAUAUCUAAUCCAUGCCGCCCAUUGGAGCUGUGUUCUAUUUGGGCACAAAGAAUUGCUGAAGAAUACUUUGAUCAGACGGAUGAAGAAAAAGAAAAGAAUCUUCCCAUUGUAAUGCCUGUAUUUGACCGAAAAACCUGCAGCAUACCAAAGUCCCAAUGUAGUUUUAUUGAAUAUUUUGUACAAGGGAUGUUUGAGUCCUGGGCAGAAAUCUGUGAUAUACCUGAACUAAUGGAAAUUUUAAAGAACAAUUACCAGUACUGGAAAGAAAAAGACAAGCAAGAAUCUGCAGAAGCAUCAGAGACUUUGGUUACAGAAGAAGAUUCCCAAUCUGAACAGAUUAAAGAGGAAAAUGAGAACAGUUAG